GUAAACUACAAAUUCAACAAACAUGUUUUAGACCGGGAGUAUGUGAGUGUUAGGACAGAGAUGUCGUCUGUCCUAUCUCUCGAGUCCCUCUGCCUAGCAGAUAAUGACAGUCCAUCCUCUGCAGAAGACCUAGACCUGGAGGAUAAGUGGGAUACAGACCUGGAGGUUGAUGAGGUGAAAAAGACCAGUAAAGACACAUCGACUGCUGAGAUAUACCUGCAGGCCUGCAAGCUGGUCGGGGUGGUUCCUGUCUCCUACUUCCUCCGGAACCUAGGCACCUCCACCAUGAACCUCAACCACCAUGGCCUGGGACCUCCAGGGGGCAAGGCACUAGCCAUCGCCCUGGUGACUGACAUGCACAUCACCAACCUGGAGUUGGCAGACAACUACCUGCUGGCUGAGGGAGCCAGAUACCUUCUAGAGAUGUUAAAGGCAAAUUUCACCAUUCAGCAUCUGGAUUUGUCCAACAAUCACCUACAGUCUGAAGGGGCUGAGUGCAUUACAAAAAUGUUGCUCGAUAACAUUUCCAUCAAAUCCAUCAAACUUUCAGGGAAUGGAUUCAUAGAGGACGAUGCUAAAAGUUUUGCAGAUGCCCUGGCAAGCAACUAUAGAGUGAAGGAGCUGGACUUGAGCCACAAUCAGUUCUGUGGGAGAGGUGGGGAGCAUCUGGGUCAGAUGUUAGCAAACAAUGAAGCUCUGGAGGUACUAGACUUGAGCUGGAACCAUCUGAGAAUGAAAGGAGCUGUGGCUUUCUGUGCCGGCCUCAAGGUGAAUGUGACCCUGAAACACCUGGACCUGUCCUGGAAUGGCUUUGGGAAUGAGGGGGCCUUGGCUUUAGGAGAGGCACUGAAAUUCAACAACACUCUGGUGUACCUGGACCUCAACAACAACCGCAUCACCAACGAGGGGGUGGGCAUGCUGUGCAAGGGGCUGGAGGCCAACGACACUCUCAGAGCACUGAUGCUGGCUUAUAACUCUCUGACAGUGGAGGGGGCGCUGGCUCUUGUUACUGUGGUCAAGAACACCCCCAAAACUGCUCUGGAGGAGAUCAACAUAUCUAAUGUGUUGGUGAAUGAGAACUUUGUGCAGCUGCUGGAUCUGACAUGCCAGGAGCAUCCCUCUCUAGAGGUGCAGUAUGCAGGGGUUGGGGGCUUUAUUGCUAAGAAACCACCCAAACGCCUUGACCCAAUGAAAGUAAUCCAGGAUUAUCUGGAUGAACGGAAGCUGCGUCUUUGGGACUUCUUUCGGAAAAUCGAUAAAGAUGGGACAAUGCGAGUGCCUGUGGCAGACUUCAGGAAGGCUGUGCAGCAAUCCAACAUCCCCUUGGAUCGAUACCAGAUUGAGGAAUUGAUUCAGAGACUGGAUCGUGAAAGGACAGGGAUGGUAGACUACAGGGGCCUGGCCGACACCAGGAAGCAGAUGAUGCGGGACCACCGGCGGCAGCUGCGUAAGGUGGAGUCCCGUCAGAAGAAAGAGAAGCAGAAGAGCGAGCGCAUCCUGAAGACCUUCCAGAGCGCCGUGGAGGCCAACACCCCCCGCAGCUCCAUGGUUAUGUCCCCAGGGGGCACAAAGGAGGACUCCAGUGGCCCCCAGCACUUCUCUGCCACCCCACUCAGCUCCUGGCACCACAUUGUCAUGUCCAACAGCAGCCGCUACUCUGUCACAAACCUGAGUAGUGAGCACAUCCACCUCCCCAUGCUAGGGGGCAGCACCCACCAACGGCCCACCAGUUCCCCCACCAUGCGUUCCUACUCCCAGCCCAACCUGAUGGAUGACUCCCAACGAUAGCCCCAAUCCAAACCCUCCUCGGCCCAGGGGAUGCUCUCUGAAUCCACCCCUGAUGUUGACCACACCAAGCUGAGCCCCACUGCCAACCACCUGACCAGGUCCAGUCCAGCACUGAACUCCAAGCAGCCAGACACUAAAACCAAAAUCACCAAAGUGAAGAAAAAAAAGAAACGCGUGGAUAAAACUCCACAUGAACAGAAUCAAACACAAUCAUCAAAGUGACUGCUGCUGCUGUGUCUUACUAUGCAGUAACCGCUCCACUGACCCAU